AUGGCCUGGAGACAGAAAAGAGAUGGUGGGAGUCCCUCAAACUGGUUCAGAGCAGAUUGGAGCACCUACAGGUCACUUUCUUUAUUCUUCAUCCUUGUGACUUCAGUGAAUUCAAUAGAUGUUAUUGACUUGGAGAAUCCUAUCUUCCCAGGUACUGUCAUUUGCUAUGAAAAUAGAAUGGCAGUGGAAUUUUCAAGCAAUAUGGGCACCAAAAACUGGCAUGCAUCUGUGGUGGAUCCCUUUAGUUUUGAACUGUUGAACUGCACUUCUGUCCUGGACCCAGAAAAACUCAUCCUGAAGGCCCCAUAUGAGAACUGUACCAGGAGAGUGGUUGGCCAGCACCAGAUGAGUGUCAAACUCACAGACAACAAUGCUAUUUCAAGACCUAUGGCUUUCAUAUAUCGGAUCAGCUGUCCCAUUGUGCAAGCAGAAGAAACCCAUGAACAUGCAGGAGCCACUAUCUGCAGAAAGGAUUCCAUGUCUUUUACCUUUAAUGUUAUUCCUGGCAUGGCUGAUGAAAAUGAGGAUCCCAAGACUCUGAGAUGGUUCAUGGAGGUUGGUGAUGGUGCAGAAGCCCAAAAUCUGACUCUUCAGCAGGCCGAGGCACAAGGAUAUAAUCUCCUCUUUGAUAACCACAAGCUAAGUGUCCAAAUGUCACUCAAUGCCACUGGAGUGACUCACUAUGCGCAAGGUAACAGUCAGCUCUACACAGCGCCUCUGAAGUUGAUACAAGAAUCUCCUGGGCAGAAGCUCAUCUUAACAGCACAAGUGCUUUGUAUGUCAGAUCCCGUGACCUGUAAUGCCACACAUGUGACGCUCACCAUACCAGAGUUUCCUGGGAAGUUAGAAUCUGUGAGCUUUGAAAACAGGAGCUUUGCCGUAAGCCAGCUGCGUGACCAUGGGAUCAAUAAAGAAGAAUCCAAGGGCUUGAGAUUGCACUUCAGCAAAACUCUUCUCAAAAUCAAAUCCUCGGAAAAAUGCCUACCCUAUCAGUUCUACUUAGCUUCACUCAAGCUGACCUUUGCCUUUAAAAUGGAGACUGUAUCCAUGGUGGUUUUUCCCGAGUGUGUCUGUGAGUCACCAGUUUCUAUAGUUAUAGGUGACUUGUGUACCCAGGAUGGGUUUAUGGAUGUCAAGGUCUACAGCCACCAAACAAAACCAGCUCUAAACUUGGAUACCCUCAGGGUGGGAGACUCCUCCUGCCGACCUACCUUCAAGGUUCCAUCUCAAGGGCUGAUACUGUUUCACAUCCCUCUGAAUGGAUGUGGAACAAGACAAAAGUUCAAGGAUGACAAAGUCAUCUACGAAAAUGAAAUACACGCUCUCUGGGAGGAUCUCCCACCACGCACAAUUUCCAGAGAUAGUGAAUUCAGAAUGACCGUGAAAUGCCAUUACAGCAGAGAUGACCUGUUAAUAAACACCGAUGUCCAAAGUCUACCUCCUCCAGUGGCCGCAGUGAGGCCAGGUCCACUUGCCUUGAGCCUGCAAACCUACCCAGAUAAAUUCUACCUUCGACCUUAUGGGGACAAGGAGUACCCUGUGGUGAGAUACCUCCGCCAACCCAUUUACCUGGAACUAAGAGUCCUAAAUAGGGCUGACCCAAACAUCAAGCUGGUCUUAGAUGAUUGCUGGGCAACACCCACCAGGGACCCAGCCUCACUCCCCCAGUGGAAUAUUAUCAUGGAUGGCUGUGAAAACAACUUGGACAACCACAGAACCACCUUCCAUCCAGUUGGCUCCUCCGUGACGUAUCCUAAUCACUAUCAGAGGUUUGAUGUGAAGACCUUUGCCUUUGUAGCAGAGGCCCAAGUGCUCUCUAGCCUGGUGUACUUCCACUGCAGUGCGUUAAUCUGCAAUCAACUCUCUCCCGACUCCCCUCUGUGUUCUGUGACUUGCCCUGUGUCAUCCAGACACAGGCGAGCCACAGGCACCACUGAUGAAGAGAAAAUGACAGUAAGUCUCCCAGGACCCAUCCUCCUAUUGUCAGACGGCUCUACACUCAGAGACGCUGUGGACUUGAAAGGGCACGGGGCAGCCGGAUAUGCUGCUUUUAAGACUGUGGUGGCUGUGGUUGCCUUAGCAGGCCUGGUGGCAACUCUAGGCCUCAUUAGCUACCUGCGCAAGAGAAGAACCAUGAUGUUAAAUCACUAA